GCGCAUUAACUGCUAUAAGCCAAUAGAACUUCUGGAAAGAAAACUGCGGGGGAUGUGUCGAGGGUUGACGGCGUCCGCGUCGCGUCGUCGUGGUUUCUCCGUCACCCCCCUUCGCACACCUUUCAUGGUCGCGUGACACGCUGACAUAAAACGACUCGUCACUACGUUGCUGUCGUCCGGGUCAGGAUGACUAGACAAGUGUCAGUAUCGAUUCACUUGACUGCUGGUUAUGCCACAUCGUACGAAGCAUUUCCGGCCAGAUGAGAUCCAGACGGAAUUUACUGAUCAAGAUGUGCACGGAUAAUAGCCAGAGACAUCGUUGAAGAAUGCACAGCUUCCGGCUAUUUUUACUCAGCCCGCUUAUACUCGCGUGUUGUCACACCAGCUAUGGACAAAAUGACACAGCGAACAAUAAAGAGUCGCCAAUACCCGCAGAGAUGAAAAUAACGUCAUGGAAUGACAUGCCGUUUUCCGGACUAGUGCAGGAAAAUGGAACGUGGGUAGGAAAAGGCUACGCCUUUUACUUACUGGAGUUACUUAGUUUAAAAUUAAAUUUUACAUACACUAUCGUGCCGCCUAAACAGCAUGUGUUAGGAAAUAAGGACAAGGGAAUUUUGAAUUUACUUUACGAGAAGAAAGUUGAUAUGGCAGUAGCCUUCCUGCCUAUUUUGUCGGAGUUGCGGAAUUAUUGUACAUUCAGCACAGCUCUGGAUCAAAGCGAGUUAUCGGUGUUAAUGAAACGACCGCAAGAAUCGGCAACCGGCUCGGGACUACUCGCACCGUUCGAUCACAUCGUUUGGUUAUUAGUUCUAGCCGCAGUGCUCUUUGUAGGACCCAUAAUAUAUGUCUUUGCCAUAUUACGGGCAAAAUUGUGGAAUGAACCAGACUCCGAGAAUUAUAGCUUAUUCUCUUGCAUAUGGUUCGUGUACAGUUCUUUGUUGAAACAAGGAACGACCAUGUUGGCGAUGACAGACUCGACGCGGAUUCUGUUCGCCACAUGGUGGAUAUUCAUCCUGAUAUUAACGUCCUUCUACACGGCGAAUCUCACCGCUUUUCUCACGAAGCCACAAUUUACCUUGCCGAUCAACAACUUGGAAGAUAUAGUGCGCAAAGGUUACGAAUGGGUUACUUACAAAGGACGCACGAUCCACUUUUUGCUGUCUGAACAAGAAACAGAGGAGUUGAGUUUACUGAAUGCUACAAAAAAGGGGAAAGGUCAUUACAUAUCGUCGUACGAGUAUCCGGUUAACUCAAUUUUCAACGCCGUGGAGAAGAACAGACUAUUCCUCGGCGAAGCCCAUUAUCUUCAAAGCCUGUUGUUCGAGGACUACAUCAACAAAACUCGCGAGCAUCUGAUCCAUCAGAAGAGAUGUACAUACGUCAUUAUGCCCGGCGCAAUUUUCGUCACCAGUAGAGCAUUCGCCUUCCCCUUAAACUCCACCCUCGCGAAACCAAUUAACAGAGCACUAAUGGCUCUAGUGGAAACCGGUAUAAUAAAGCGCGAGAAGCUAAUGGAUUUACCGCGGGCGGAAGUAUGCCCGUUGGAUCUUCGAUCCACCGAAAGGCAAUUAUCAUUCAACGAUCUGUCCCUGACCUUCAAGGUCGUAGUCGCUGGAUAUGCAAUCGCGACUCUGGUCUUCUUUGGCGAGAUAAUGAUUAGAUCGACGGUAAACUUUUACAAGCGACGGAAAGACACCGGCAAAUGGUGCGAUUCCACGCUCUGCUGCAAACGGAAACGAAGAACGAAGGAAUCCGUCACCCCGCAAUUGGUGUUCACGAAGAAUCCCCUGUUUAAUAAGCAGACCAAUUUACAGAAGACAAGCCCGCGCGCGUUGUAUCAGAACAUUCCGUAUGGCUUCACUCAGGGGAAGAAACACUGUAUUAACGGGCGCGAUUAUUACGUCGUGAUGGAUCGUUACGGCGAUCCAAGAUUGAUACCCAUUCGCACGCCAUCCGCGUUUUUAUUUCAAUACACAGCAUAGUUAAAAAAAGCUAACAAUCACUGAAUCACAGAAAAUCAAUCAUGGAGCUUGUCAGAAAUAUUAAUUAUACACAAAGUAUUAUCGAAAAUCGUACAGCCAUUUAUCAACCAUUUCAUCGGCGUGAGACAUUUAAUAUCAUUAAAAAUAAUGUUUCUAAUUAUUAUAUCAAUAUGAAUUCAACAUAUAUUUUAC